AUGGCAGAACCUUCUCCAGCCAUCAAGCCCGCGCCGGCUGUGGACGUCGUCGACGGCAAGGAAAAGGGCCCAGAGCUCGUCGACGCACCAGGCUCAGACUCCCAUGGCAUCUUUGGUAGCGACAUUGACAUUCCUCUUGAUGCCCAGGUCGAGGCUGAUCUCAAUGUCACUGAAGAAGAUCUCAUCGAGGCCAAGGAGUUUGCCGACACUCUGACCCUCGAUGAGGUCCGCUCUAUGAUGCAGAAGGCUCUCGCCAUCCACGAGCAUGACCCAAAUUUUCCAUAUAGUAUCAUUGAUCGCAUGAAGUUGUUCUUAGGCAACGAGGCCCUUUUCAAGGACCCUGAGAAGCACGCUGUCCUUAUCGAGGAGAUGAAGCUGGAAGCAGCCCUCAUCAUCACAAACAGCCCAUACUCGGAAGUGCGUGCUGUCGUUGACAACCAUGACGACGACACCCUGCCAUGUGGCACCUUGCGUGCCUGGUUGAUCGGCAUGGGCUUCGCGGUGAUCCUCGCCUUCAUCAACCAAUUCUUCUCCAUUCGCCAACCUGCCAUCACGGUGCAGGCCAACGUUGCCCAAUUACUGGCAUAUCCGGUCGGCAAGAUGUGCGAGAAGAUACUGCCCGAUGUCGGAUUCACCUUGUUCGGCAUCCGCCAUUCUUUGAAUCCAGGGCCCUUUUCAAAGAAGGAGCAUAUGCUCAUUACAAUCAUGGCCAACGCCUCUUGGAACACACCCUACACGGCAAACAUCAUCUGGGUUCAGUACCUGCCAAUGUACUUCAACCAAUCUUACGCUGGGCAAUUCGGCUAUCAAAUUGUCAUUGCACUCUCCACAAACUUCAUCGGGUAUGGACUGGCUGGUAUCCUCCGCCGGUUUCUGGUCUACCCGUCCUACUGCGUGUGGCCGGCCUCGCUUGUUACGAUCGCCAUGAACGGCGCUUUUCACUCGGACAAGAACGCGCCAGCUCCCAGCCCGUUUGGUCGGAUCUUUACGAUAUCCCGGCUCAAGUUCUUUGCUUGGACUUUCGCCGCCAUGUUCUUCUACUUUUGGUUUCCCAACUAUCUUUUCCAGGCACUGAGCAUAUUCAGCUGGAUGACCUGGAUAGCUCCAGACAACCUGAUUCUGACAGCCGUGACUGGCUUCAACAACGGUCUUGGGAUCAACCCAUGGCCGACGUGGGAUUGGAACACGAUGCUCUUCGACGCAACAGACCCGCUGAUGAUCCCAUUCUUCUCGACGCUGAAUAAAUUCGUUGGGGCGUGCUUGGCCUGCAUUUGCGUGGCCGCGUUCUGGUUCACAAACACAUACUACACCGGCUACCUCCCCAUCAACUCCAACCGCACGUACGACAACAGAGGCCAUCUGUAUAACGUCACAAGGGCGAUAGAUUCCGAAGGCCUCUUCAAUCCGACUAGCUACCAGGCUUACUCGUUUCCCUUCCUGUCCGCCGCAAAUUUGGUCGUCUACGUCUUUUUCUUUGCCAUCUAUCCAGCGACCCUCGUCUACGCAUAUCUUUACCACCGACACGAGAUCUUCAUGGGCCUGAAGAAUUUGUGGAGCAGCUUCAGUAAUCGGCGAGAAGCUCGUCCAGGCCGAUACCAGGACGUUCACAGCCGGUUGAUGGCGAAGUACCAAGAGGUGCCGGAUUGGUGGUAUGCCAUUGUUCUGAUCAGUUCCGUGGCACUUGGAUGUGCUGGUAUUGCUGGCUGGGAUACCGAUACAACCCCUGGAGUCGUAUUUUUUGGUCUUGCCUUGUGUGUUGUCUUUGUGGUGCCUACAGGCAUCAUCAAAGCCAUGACAGGGGUGGAAGUUAUGCUAAAUGUCCUUGCAGAGUUCAUCGGAGGCUGCUGGGUUGAAGGCAAUGCCCUGGCCAUGAACUUUUUCAAGACAUAUGGCUACGUCACCUGCACGCACGCGCUGUGGUUCUCGAACGAUCUCAAGCUGGGACAUUACGCCAAGAUCCCACCACGGCAGACCUUCGUCGCCCAAAUGCUCGGUACCCUGAUAUCGACCUUCGUCUGCAUAGGCGUUCUCAACUUUCAGAUGCGCGAAAUUCGGGAUGUCUGCACACCAGAAGCGUCGAACCGGAUGUCGUGCCCAGGCAUUAAUACAUUCUUCACUUCGUCUAUCAUCUGGGGCACCGUAGGACCUGUCAAGGUCUUCGGAGCUGGAGGCAUGUACACAUGGCUUCUUGUCGGUUUCCCGAUCGGUGUCAUCACCCCCAUUAUCAUGUACUACGCCAGUAAAAAGAUCGCCAAACCCUGGAUGCGCCAAAUGCACCCUGUGGCCAUGUUCUACGGGGCUCUCAUGUGGGCUCCAUAUAACCUUGGAUACAUCUGGCCCGCGGUACCAAUGGCCUGGCUUUCUUGGGUGUAUCUCAAGAAACGGUACUUGAUCUUCUGGUCAAAAUACAAUUUUGUCCUUUCAGCAUCUUUCAGCAGCGCCAUCGCUAUCAGCGCUAUCAUCAUUUUCUUCACUCUGCAGUGGCCAGGCAUCGAGCUUCCUUGGUGGGGCAAUACGGUCAUUGAUCAGGGCUGCGAGAAAACCGACUGCGUGCUGUACAAAUUGGACGAGGGCGAAUACUUCGGUCCACGGAUCGGCGAGUUCGAAUGA